AUGUCUUCUGCAGUAUCACAGAGUAAUGGCUCCCCGCUAUUGCGGCCACGGGCUAUCUUGAAGAAACUUGACGAUCCUGCCAAUCUCUCCUUGGAGAAAAGUUCUCUUGACUCGAGUGGACGUUCAACCCCUGUCGCCGAAGAUGCCCCUCCAUCUAUUCAGUCUAUAUCGCACGCCAGAAAGCAAGCUAGAGCCCGGAAUCGACUGUUCUAUACCAUUGAUUAUAUUCCGCGCGUAUCUCACUUCGAUCCGAGGAGCGACUAUCAUAACUUCCGCGGCUUCUUCACACUGUUUUGGAUUGGGUUGUUUAUCAUGGUGGCCACUACCGCGCUUCGGAAUGUAAAGGAUACCGGCUCCCCGCUGCGGGUGAGAGUAUGGAGUCUCCUGACGGCAAAUGUCUGGGCAAUGGGGUUCAGCGACCUCGCCAUGGUGGUGAGUAGUGCAGCAGUCUUGCCGCUCCACCGCCUUUACAGGAACAGUAAUGGGUGGCUGCGAUGGGGAAGAGGGGGCAUGAUAGUACAAAGCAUUUUCGAAGCAGCUUGGCUGAUCCUGUGGAUUAAUUGGCCAUUUAUGUUGCGCUGGACCUGGACUGCGCAGGUAUUCUUUACUCUGCAUACCUUAACCUUUUUGAUGAAGAUACACUCUUAUGCAUUCUAUAAUGGGCAUCUCAGCGAGACCGAGCGCCGCUUGUCCGCACUUGAUAACCCUGGGUCUGUGUCAAUAGAUGCAGCUGUCGACCGGUAUCCUGACCCAGCACCCCGUCGGCCUCCGACGCAGCGGCGUAGUAGCCAUUCACGAUCAGAAUCGAUUCAAGAGCUGCGCGAAGAUUUGGCGACCGAAUUGACCUCGCCGCUAGGCCAUGUCACAUAUCCGCAAAACCUUACACUCCCCAACUACGUCGAUUUCACUUUCUGCCCUACCCUCUGUUACGAGUUGGAAUAUCCUCGCAGCAAGGAGCGAUCAUGGGCAGAGAUCGGCCUGAAAACGUGUGCCGUCUUUGGGUGUAUCUUCCUGUUGACCCUCACAAGUGAAGAGUUCAUCCUCCCAGUCCUGAGCGAGGCCAAUACCCAGUUGCAUUUGAAACAGAGCGCAGCGGAUAAAGCCUUGAUCCUCGCGGAAACAAUCAAUAUGCUUAUGUUUCCCUUUAUGAUCACGUUUUUGCUCGUGUUCCUGGUUAUAUUCGAAUAUGUGCUGGGUGCAUUUGCGGAGAUCACCUGUUUCGCCGAUCGUCACUUUUACUCGGACUGGUGGAACUCAUGCGAUUGGCUUGAAUUCUCGCGCGAGUGGAACAUUCCGGUUCAUCACUUCCUUCGCCGGCAUGUCUACUUCCCCUCCAAGACCCGCUUCUCUCAGUCAGUCGCCAUGUUCAUCACCUUCCUCGUGAGCUCUAUCGCCCACGAGUUAGUGAUGAGCUGCAUUACCAAGAAACUCCGCGGCUAUGGAUUCGUCGCUAUGAUGCUCCAAUUGCCUAUUGUGGCAGUCCAGCAAUCCAAGUACUUCCGGGGGAAGACGACCCUCAGAAACAUAUUCUUCUGGCUGUCGAUGAUCUUCGGUCUCGCUUGUAUGUGUGCACUAUACGUUCUCGUUUAG